AUUUUUGUGGAAGGAGUGAAGGACGCCGCACGUUCCCGGGAGCAAUGGCCUCACUGUGCUACAACAAGGGCUGCGGGCAGAGGUUUGAUCCUGAGCACAAUGCCAAGGAUUCCUGCCUGUAUCACCCGGGCAUCCCCAUCUUCCACGAUGCGCUGAAGGGCUGGUCUUGUUGCAAGAAACGCACAACAGACUUCUCUGAAUUUCUCUCCAUAAAGGGAUGCACAAAGGGGUUUCAUAGCAAAGAGAAGCCACCUGAGCCUUUCAGCCAAGAGGAGACCUCAGACAAGCGAAAAGCCCAAGCAGUGGAGGAGCUCAUCAUACAAGGACAGAAAUCAGCCGAGAGGAUGCAGCGGGAAAGACCAAGCUCUGAUGAGCCGAGACAACUGCUGCCAAUUAAAGUAUCCAGGUCUCUGGAGCAGGUACUAGAGAAGCUGAACCUGUCCUCCAAGGACGAGGCACCGGAGGGCAGUUGUGCAGGGGAGGUGGCUGCCCAGGUGACAGCUGGUACCACCUGCAAGAAUGCAGCCUGCAAGAUGGUCUACCGGGGCCCAGAGAGCAACACAGAGGUUUGCACUUUCCAUCCUGGUGUUCCUGUCUUUCAUGAGGGGAUGAAGUACUGGAGCUGCUGCAGAGUCAAAACAACGGACUUUGGCGUCUUCCUGGAGCAACCAGGCUGCAGCAGUGGGCAGCAUUGCUGGAUGGGGAAGGGGGACAAGAAGGCAGUGUCGUGCCGGCAGGACUGGCACCAGAACAGCAGCCAGGUGGUGGUGACGGUCUAUGCCAAGAACCCCCUGCCUGCCCUCAGCAGUGUGAAAGCCAACCGCACCGUGCUUGAAGUUCAUAUAAUCUUUGAAGGGAAUAAAGUUUUCCAGGCAGAACUGGAACUCUGGGGGGUCAUCAAAGUAGAGAAGAGCUUUGUGAGCAUGGUUGCUACCAAGGUGGAGAUUGUACUUUGCAAAGCCAGCUCUGGCUCCUGGACCACACUGGAGCUCCCCCAAAGCAGGUCACAUUCUUGUGGCAAGCAGGAGCAGGAGGCUGCCAAUGCAGAGGAGCCCAGGGCAGUGCUGGAAGAGGACCUGGAUGACAGCUUGAGCUGGUCAGAGGAGGAGGAUGAGGAGCUGGAGAUGGGAACACUGAGCAACUGA